AGAAAUGAUGGCUCCUCAUGAUGUAUUGUGUUCCAUAUUUUACUUUUGUCAUAUGGUAAUAUGUUAGAAGUGAUAUAUGACUUUGUGAUUAUUAAUUAAAUCUUGGUUAAUAUAAAGUUACAUUACGAAAAGAAAAUAUUAUUUUUAACAAUUUAUUUGGUGUAAAAAUAUGAACAAAUAAUUAGGUUAUAAAAAAAACAAUAACAAAUAACCUCUUUAGUAUUGGCAUGCUUUUGUAGAUUAUUUCUUGAGAGGUACAAAACACGAUGGCAGAUAAAAUAAAAAUUAAUACUAAAUAUGACAUCAAAGAUAAGUAUGAGCCUUCCGACUCUGAAGAUGAUUACACUCCAUCAGAGAAAAAAAUUAUGGAUAACUUACGAAAGAGAAAGCAUCAAGAUUCCGGUAGUGAAGAGGAAGUUUAUGGAUUUUCUGAGUCAGAAGAUGAUGACAAGAGUGAUUUGGGAAUGGCUGACAGUGAUGUUGAGGGCCAAGAGAAGUCCGACGACGACUUACCAGACUCCAAAGCUUGGGGAAAAAAGAAACAGUCUUAUUAUUCAACUGAUUUUGUAGAUGAAGAUUAUGGUGGAUUUGGAGAUGAGGAGGAAAAUGCUCUCAUGGAGGAAGAAGAAGCUAAAAACAUACAAAAAAGAUUGAUUGAGCAACUUGGAGAAGAAGAUUUCACUUUAGAGUUCUUCAAUGAACAAAGUACCAAAGCUGAUGAUAAAGAGACUGUCAUAAAAAGUGAUGUAAGUCAAAUGUCCAAAAGGCAAAAAUUACAAUUACUCGAAAAAGAAAGCCCAGAAUUCUCAGGUCUCAUUGAUGAUUUCAAAUCAAAGCUAACAGUCGCAAAACAAGACUUGAGUCCUGUUCUAGAACUAGUGAAAGGUGGAAAAAUUCCAGACUGCUCUGCUUCCAAAUUUGUUAAAACUAAUUAUGAUCUUAUACUAAACUACUGCACAAACAUUAGUUUUUAUUUAUUGUUGAAAAGCAGAAGAAUUAAUGUACAAAACCAUCCUGUCAUUAAAAGGUUAUAUCAGUACAGACAAAUGUUGAAGAAAAUGGAACCAAUAUAUCUUGAAGUGAUCAAGCCACAGAUAGACAGUAUAAUGAGUAUAGUCAAAAAUAAUCUGAAACUUCAGAUUAGAGAACAGAGAAAUAAGAAGCGCAAAUCAGGAAAGGAUUCAGAAUAUCCAGCAAAGAAACUCAAAUUGAUCAAUGCUGUUGAAAAAGAAGGAGAUGACACUGGAGUGUCUGAUGACGAUGAAGAUGUGGAAGAUAAGCUUGAAAAUCCAAAUGAAGCAGACAAUUCAUUACGAAAUGAGAAUGAAUCUGAUGAGAGCGGUUUCUCAGAUAAUAAUGAAAUUGAUGAACAAAAGCCUUCCACAUCAAGCCAAGAUAUAUUGCCUGGAGAUGUUGUUGAUAAAAGAGAGAUAACAUAUCAAAUUGCCAAAAACAAAGGCUUGACACCACACAGGAAGAAGGAACAAAGGAAUCCACGGGUGAAGCAUAAGCUUAAAUAUAGAAAAGCUAAAAUAAGAAGGAAGGGAGCCGUUAGAGAAGCAAGAACAGAAGUUACUAGAUAUGGUGGAGAGGCAUCAGGUAUUAAGGCUAAUGUUAAGAAGAGCAUUAAAAUAAAAUAGCAUCAAUAAUAGUCAAUAUGUUUAAUGUAUCAUCAUCAUUUAUAUAAAUUUGCUUCCACAAUAAAAAAAACAGUUCCAGAUUUUGUU